CUAAUUUAAUACACAUCAAAGCUUUAGAGCAGUCAGUCAAGAAUUAAAUUUUUUUUCACUUAAUCGAGUGCGUAACAUUAUAAAUGACAAAUACAAAAUGGAUGGACAGAAAAAAUGUUUAUUUCGAAUAUACUACUUAGUAUAAAUGUGCCGUUCGAGCGGUUAAGACCUUUUUUUUUUUUUUUAAAAAAAAGCCGGUCAUUGGAUACUAUAAUUCCAAUUUACAAAUAAAGAAAAAUGUAGUGAAUGCACAUCCGACUAAACGACGACGUAUUAUACAUAUGUGAAGAGUUAAUUGGAUAAUGCGAAUAAAGAUUUUUCUUAAUUGAAAUUACGAUUCGGUUUGGAGGAUUUUCUUUAAAGAAAAAAAAUACAUUUUACAACAUCAUAUUUCACACACUGCGCAUAGUUUUCCGGAGUCUUAAGAGCUCAAUUUAAUUAUUUUCAUUUACGAUAACAAAUACGUUGACGAAAUGGUGUGAUAAGUGCGAGUUUAAUCAGACAAAAACAAAACACCGUUAAACAAUAAGUGGAUUUUUUUGUGUGUGAUGUUCUUGGUUUUUAAUCGGAAUAGACAAAAGUAAAAAUAUGUUCUGCCUAUCGUACCGAAUGUGAUAGUGCAAGGUCAAAGAUCACAAUCAACAAAUUAAUUUACAAUUUAAGUCAAUUGGAUUUUCCGCUCGGAUUACCUGUACAUCAUAUAUGCAAGAUGAAGCUGUACGUUUUAUUGAUAUACUUGGUUCAGUGUGUUGUUGGUGAAGCAGUGACUUCUAUCGAUUUUAUUAUGAACGAGGACAAUCAUGUACAAAAAACAUGUACCAUGGAACGUGUAAACAAAAUGAUUGGCUAUGUUUGUACAAAUUUGAAUUUGAAGGAAGUACCCCAACACCUGAGAUCCGGUUUGGAGAUUCUAGACGUAUCGUUCAACAGAAUACGAGAAUUAAAUGAAAAUUCUUUUGCAAGAUACACUGACAUCAAGUACUUAUAUUUGUUCGAGAAUAUGAUCCAAACAAUUGAGCCGAACACUUUCGCACAAUUAACUGAUUUAGAGGCCAUAGAUAUAUCUACAAAUGGUUUAACAACGCUACCGAUGGGACUGUUUUCCUUGCCUUUGCUUCGAAAUGUACAUGCGUCUGAUAAUCCCUUGGUCCAUUUACAUAAGGAUUUGGAGAAUCUUGCGAAGCCAAUAUCGGCGCCUUUACAACUAAUCAACCUUGCCAGUUGUAAAUUGAAUAAAGUUCCUGACUUUGGUGUUCUGCCAGACCUUUAUAUGCUCAACAUAUCAUCAAAUGAGCUAUUUGAUGUAACGCCUCAACAAUUCUCUCCGAUGUGUGGUUUAAAUUCAAUCGAUGUAAAUGAUACGAAAAUCCCACCGUGUCAGUGCCAAGCACUUUCGUUUUAUUUUCGCAGACGAGCAAUAACAGUAAAAAACUUAAUGAACUGUGAUGCAUCGUCUGCAGAGCUUUUUAAUUGUCUGGAUAUAUCGAAUGCUACAGCUGAUACAGAAUACUUUGGUUAUUGCACGUCGUUACAAAAAGAAAAGAAAUUACAAGAAAAAUCGAGAUGGACAUGGAUGACGGUAUUAACUGGGCUUGGGGCCUUUUUUGUUGUGUUCAUGGGUAUGCUAUACUGUUUCCAUCGACGAAACGUCAAACGAAUUCGAGAAUUGGAACAGAUAACGAAAUUGAAACAGAUUCAUCAGACUGAGAAAAAUCAGAACAUUGAAUUGUUGAUCGGUAAAGGAGUGCAGUGAUUGGAAAUCUUAACUCAUUCAAAAGUAAAAUUUAAUUUAUUAAGAGAAUUUGAUGCGUUGUUGAAUAAAGGUUUUUUUGUUGCUAAAAUAUGUCCAAAGAUAAAUAUAAGACAUUUUUUUAAAAAGAAAAAUUGAA